AUGGCUUAUGUUAAGUUGGUGGAGAGUAAGGAUGAAGAGGAGAAGCGGGUAAGCAGGGAGAAGUAUAAGUUAGCUAAAAAUGAGGCUAAGUUAGCAGUUACAGCUGCUAAGACAGUAGGUUUUGAGAGUUUGUAUAAGGGGUUAGAGGAGAAAGGUGGAGAAAAGAGGUUAUUUAGGCUUGCCAAGGCUAGGGAGCGGAAGGGUUGGGAUCUGGAUCAAGUGAAGUGCAUUAAGGGAGAAGAUGACAGAGUAUUGGUGGAGGACGCUCUCAUUAAGAAAAGAUGGCUGUCGUAUUUUUAUAAGCUUUUGAAUGACGAGGGGGACGAGAGGUGGUCAGUGAGGCUGUUCGCAAGAUGUGAAGGGGCAGGGCGAUGGGCCCGACGAGAUUCCGGUGGAUUUUUGGAAGUUUUCUAG